AAUCAGAUUCUUUCUUUUUUCAACCCCUCUUUUUACACUCUCUCUUCUCUCUCUUUCAAUACGGCUGUUUCUCUUUCUGCUGUGUGAGUACUACUUUUGUUUUUAGCUCUGUUUUUGACACCUAUAAAAUGCCCCUCUGCUUCAUUGAACUAUCUCCUUCCUCAUUCUAUUGACACAUAGGAAGAAGAGGGGCGACUUGUUGUGUAAAAGAGAAAAAAAAAAUGUAUGCAGAGACAGGGCUAAUGUUCCCUUAUUUUCAGACUUUCCCUUCUGAAGUUCAACAAUUUGAAGACUUCUGUUCCUCUCACGAACCUAAUGCGUCAAUGGGAUCCAACAUAUCGGAAUAUGACCUCGGGGGAGAAGGGGAUCUCUUUAAAGCUCCACAACCAAUUAUUGAAGAACCAUUGAUGGGCCUUGAUCCUAUGACUGCUGCUAUUUCAAUGAUUUCUUGUGCAGAAGAUGCCAUCUCGCCGCAAGGACUCAAAGUUUCGGAUCUAGAAACUUCGUUUGAGAAUGAACAACUCCUGAGUGAAGUUUUCUAUGAAUGCAAAAAAGACCUAUUUGACAAAGAUGCAAUUGAUAUACCGUUCUCUGAAGUCUUGGACAUGAAAAUUCCUAUUGUGAAGGCCGACGAAAACCUGACUGCAGAUGAGAACUUGGUUUCUCAAGUAUCUUUCCAGAAAAGUAUUAGUUCAGGGUCUUUAACCUCCAUGGAUUGGAUACACGGGGCUUCAAUGAGGCCCAAUUUUAUAGAUUUUGGUGGAAUGGACUUUGGAGCUGUUUAUGGUAUGCGAAGAGCAUACAGUGAAGGAGACAUAAAGACUCUGGGUAAUGGCAACAUAAAUCUGAUCCAUUCUCCACUGGGUCAACCACAGAUUGUCGGAUGCUCCACUUCUGAAAUUCGCAAGGAAAAGCUCUCCAGAUACCGGAGCAAGAAGAAUAAAAGGAAUUUUGGCAGAAAAAUCAAGUAUGCUUGCAGGAAGGCAUUGGCUGAUAGUCAACCAAGGAUCCGUGGAAGGUUUGCCAAGACCGAAGAAAGCUACACAUCGAAGAAGCAUUAACAGUUUUAACUGUCUCUGAGUUGGAAGAAUUAUAGUAAGGUAGUUCACUGGUUAUAUUAGCUGAUGAUGAUAUAAAUAGCAAAUGGAAGCUAGCUUUAGAACAGGAUCUGCUCAAAUAAGUUGGGGAUCCAUCCAUCCAACAACUUGCUAGUUUGUUAAAAUCUUUGGGGUAGCGGCAAUAAUCUUUGUAGAUUAGACAAAUCAACUAGUGUUGUAUAUAGUGUUUGUUAAAUAAAAUUCUGUAACUUGCUAUUAAUGCUGGAUAAUGUAUUUCCGAUAUCUCUAUGUUCAGCGGUCCAGACCGUUACUCUGUAUCUUACUGACGCAACAAUUUCUGUAUCUUACUGACGCAACAAUUAUAACUAUGCUUCAAUUUGAAGAUGGUUGGGUA